AUGAGCUCCAACUCCCCCAAGGACUUUGUCGAGAGUUUGAAAGGGCGAGUCGUUAUAGUACGACUGAACAACGGGUCCGACUUCAAGGGCAUUCUGGCCUGCCUGGAUGAACGCAUGAACGUUGCGCUGGAGCAGACGGAGGAGUUUUUCGAAGGCGAGUUUGUUGAAAGCUACUACGAUGCCUUCAUUCGGGGCAACAACGUGUUUUACAUACGGGCUAUCGACGAUGAGUAG